CGACCAUGACUUUGCCCAACGUCUGCUGACGUCGGCUGCGCGGCCUCCACACCUGAAGCGCAACUUUUCUACAGCACACACUCACCAAGUAACAUCAUCAUGUCUCGCGGAGGACGCGGUGGCGCGCGCGGCGGCGGGCAGCGCAGCGCUCCAGGCACAGUCAUGAUCGCAGGCACCGAGAUGGCCUGGGACCUGACGGGCCUCGAGCUCCAGAAAGGACCCGGCGACUUGUUUCCUAGCGCCCCGCCAGCACAGGCGCCUCCGCCGUCCGAUUAUGAGAAGACGACGCUGAAGCACUACAUCGCCAUCCGCGACCGUGUCCACAACGGCGACUUCUUCACCGUCCUGAACGACGGCAUGAAGACGGGCCUCAAGCGCAGGGCUGGCGACAUGGCUCCUACCGACGAGUCGCUGUUUGACCCCUUCGUCGGCAACGAGACCUACUCGGCCAGAUAUCACAAGCGGGUCCGCAAGGUGCCCAAGCUUGACACGCGCCCCUUCGUCCACGAGCUAUUCCCACCCGAACUCCGCCAGUACCUCGAUCGCGGCAGCAGCAAGAAGAAGCGCGUCCUCGCCGUGACUACCAAGAUCAAUGAGAAGUCCUCCAUCCAGCAGCACAUCGAGCAGGAGGAGGGCCGCACACGUGAAGCCGAAGCGCGCGCUGACGACGAAGACGACGAGCUCGACGAGGACGAGGCCGCUGAAGACGAGGAAGAGAAAGAGAAGGGUGACGACGAGGAUAACUGGUCCGCCGUGUCGAGUGAUUCGGAGGAGGCGGACGACGACUACAAUGCCGAGCAGUAUUUCGACAAUGGCGAAGAUGACGAUGUAGACGACGCGGAUCCGUAUGAGAACACGUACGAGUAGGACUCUGCUGGUAAAUUUCGGCCGGGCCGUCGACCAAGGAACGAGGGCUGGCUGGGGAACAUGCUGGGCGGCGUGAACGAGGCGCGAAGGAGUGCCGAAGGUGCAUAGUGAACGGCGUUUUGAGAUGGCAUGAUACCCAUUGGUGUUUUAUGGAUACAACGAAAGGCAAUGCGAUUAAUUACAGCGUAGAGUGCCACUACAUAAGCUUGGGCGCACAUGUUGACCCAGGCCACACUUUGGCUACCAGUCAACUCCAG